AUGACACCUGAACCAUCCAACAUAUCAGAAACAUCAAUCCACUUUCAAGAUUUGCUCACAGAAUUGAACUCUGGCGUGAGAGGCAGCCAUAAAAGAAAGUUCUGUGGUCCAAUUGAACCAUACAUACAUGCAGCUCGGUGGUUUCCUCUCGCGAUCGACCCAUUCAGUGUGCUUGAGGAUGUCUUGUACAAGGGCAUGGAAGCUGAAUUUUCUAAACCAUGGGCUGACACCUCAGAUCAAUCCGAAGAAGCUUCAGGUUUAAAUAAUCGUCAGAAGGAGUUGUGUAUAAAGCAAUACAAAGAACUUGUGAAGCUUGUACCAACCUUCAGCAACAUCAUAUCAGGAUUCAAAAAAGUUCUCCAGCUCACGUGUGCCGCAAAUGAUGCACGAUCCGAUGAUACAGGGAGCCUGAUGCGAGAGGGGCUGCUAUAUAUGCUCAAGAACCCUGAAACCGACCAGUUUGACCCACCUCUACUCAGGCAGCAGGGUAAGAUCAUUCGUGGAUGGAACCACCCUCAGACUGCGUGA